AUAUGGGUAAAUAAAUGAUAUUCAAUAAAUAUCCGCAGUUUAAUUGUAAUAACAUUGAAUUUCAUUUUAAAUAUUUAUAUUAAGUGUAUUCAUACUCUACUUUGUAAUUAUAUUAAAGUUAUAUUACUAUUACUUACAUACUCGUAUAUUAUGAGUGAAUUUAUUAGUAUUCAAGUCGGACAAUGUGGAAAUCAAAUUGGAAGUACAUUUUGGCCUUUAGUUUUACGUGAAUAUGGAAUAUUAAAAUCUAAUGAGACAUUUAAUCAAAUAAGAACAAUAAAAAAUGAUGAGAAGAAUGUAACGGAUGCUUUUCAUAGCUUUUUUCACGUACCUGAUAACAAAAUAAAUCAUUCUUAUAAAAAUAUUGCUGAUUUAAAUUUAGCCAAAGUUAAAGCCAGAGCAAUUUUGAUAGAUAUGGAAGAUAGCGUUGUAUCAAGAUUUAAAAGAGGUCCUUUGAGAAAUCUCUUUGAUCAAUCCUGUACAAUAACAAAUUAUCCUGGUUCAGGGAAUAAUUGGGCUGUCGGCUAUCAUACUCAUGGAAGAUUAUAUAAAAAUAAAAUUCAAAAUGUAAUAAGAAAAAGUGCAGAAAAAUGUGACAGUCUUCAUGGAUUUUUACUAAUGCAUUCUGUUGGUGGAGGAACAGGUUCAGGCUUGGGAACGGCUACUUUAAAUUUUUUAGAAGACGACUAUCCAAAUAUUAAUAAAUUUCUAUCAAGUGUAUAUCCAACAGAAACUUCUGAUGUUAUUACAGCACCUUAUAAUGUAUUAUUAGGAACAAAAGAACUAAUAGAAAAUGCUACUUGUGUGUUCCCUAUCGACAAUGAUGCACUGUUAGAUAUUUGUAAAUUUCAGAAAAAUCAAUCAAGUCACAAUAUCUCUAAGAAACCAUUCAAAGAUAUGAACAGUAUUAUUGUAAAUAUGCUUCUCCAUUUAACUAGUGGAGCUCGAUUCCCAGGUUAUUUGAAUACGGACAUGAAUGAUAUAGCAACAAACUUAGUACCGUAUCCUCAGCUAAAUUAUAUAUUUAGCAGCAUUAGUCCACUUCAUAUGAAUUCAACAGUAACAGUUUCUAAAAAUUAUCAGUUGCAAGAUGAACUUUUUACAAAUGUUUGGUCUCGAUCUCACCAAUUGUUAAAAUUAGAUCCUUUACACCCAAAAUCAUCUAUAAUUGGUGUAGCAUAUAUUUCCCGAGGUGAUUGUUCUAUUGAGAGUUUAGAAAAAAAUAUUAAAAAGUUUCAGAAAAAUAAAAAGUUUACACCUUGGAGUAAAGAAGCAACAAAAAUUGGUUUUUGUGCGAUACCACCAACAGGUCAUCCAAAAUCUCUUUUAUGUCUCUCUAAUUCUACUUUCAUGCGUGCUAUGUUUAAAAAUCGUCUUGAUCAAUUUAAUAAAUUGUAUAAACGCAAGGCAUAUUUGCAUCAUUAUACUCAAGUUGAAGGAUUUGACUUGGAACAUUUUGGUGAAGCACAAGAAAGCAUUCAACUUAUUCAUGAUCGUUAUCAAGAAGUAGAAAAUCAAAAAUAUGUUGAAACUCGACGAUUAUAUACUUUUUGAAAAUUUUGAUAAAACAAUAUUCAAUAAUUAAGUAAAUUAUUUUAAUAAUUAUAAUUUAAAAUAUAGUAAACUUUAUG